AUGUUGUCCUCGCUGUCCUCAAGCAUCUCAAAUAUGCGACAUUCGAUCGCUCAAGUGCUGAAUUUCGCACUCGUUCUAUCCACCGCCUUCAUGAUGUGGAAGGGCCUCAGUGUCCUGACGGCGUCAUCGUCACCGAUCGUGGUAGUCCUGUCCGGGUCCAUGGAGCCUGCGUUCCAAAGAGGAGAUCUGCUCUUCUUGUGGGCGCGCAGCCCCCGCGUGGAUAUCGGCGAGGUGGUUGUUUACAAUGUCCGCGGAAAGGAUAUUCCUAUCGUUCACCGAGUCGUUCGAACAUUCCCCGAGGUUGAGGGCCGUGGGAACGCGAAGAAGGUCAAGGAGAUUACAGUGGAUACCACACCGGAAACUCAUAUGCUCCUCACCAAGGGAGAUAACAACCUCUCCGACGACACUGAGCUGUAUGCACGCGACCAGGACCACCUGGACCGAAAGGCGGAUAUUGUGGGCAGUGUGAGAGGGUAUAUUCCUAUGGUUGGAUAUGUGACCAUUAUGCUCAGCGAGCACCCUUGGCUCAAGACUGUGAUGCUUGGAAUCAUGGGACUGAUGGUGGUCCUUCAGCGCGAGUAA